AACACAGAGAAACGUAAGGAAAAGUCAAGAGAUGCAGCAAGAUGUAGGAGAAGUAAAGAAACUGAGGUUUAUAGUGAUUUAUCACAAAACCUCCCUCUUCCUCAAAAUAUUUCGAAUCAAUUGGAUAAAGCAUCAAUCAUGAGAUUAUCUAUAAGUUAUCUUAAUGUCUGUAAUAUACUGGAUUUCAAACAACGUAAAGGAGAAGAAGAAAUAGAAGAAGAAAAGAAAAUGAAUGCAUUGUGUUCAAAGGCUUUAGAAGGAUUUCUGUUCAUUUUAUCAAAGGAUGGUGAUAUUGUGUAUGUGUCUGAUUCUGUUUCUAAAUAUCUGGGCAUACAACAGAUUGAUUUAGUUGGACAAAGUAUUUAUGAAUUUGCCCAUCCAUGUGACCAUGAUGAGAUUAAAGAUAUAAUGUCUAUUAAAACUCACAAUAAUAACAAUGUGGAGUCUGAAACAGAUGAAAGAGUAUUUUUUAUUAGAAUGAAAUGUACGUUGACCAGUAAAGGGAGGAAUGUGAAUCUAAAGUCUGCAAGCUAUAAGGUUUUGAAGUUUACUGGCCGUUUGGUAACUAAAGAUAGUCCUCAUGAAAACAUCAAGAUGAGUGGAGCACCAACUAAAAUCUAUCCCUAUCUACUGGCUAUUGGUGAAAGCAUACCCCAUCCUGCUAAUAUUGAGAUCCCUCUAGACAGUAAUACUUUUCUCACUAAACAUGAUAUGGAUAUGCGAGUGACAUAUUGCGAUGAACGAAAUCAAACCAUACUUGUAAUGAUAGCUGUACUGAAAUUUUUAAAGUUUUGUUUACUACAUAUAAAGGAACUGGUAGGAUAUAAUUGUGAAGAAUUAAUGGGACAGUCAAUGUAUAAUUAUCAUCAUGCAUUAGAUAGCCAUGUUGUAGAGAAAGCUUUUAAAGACUUGUUUGCUAAAGGCCAGACUAUGACUGGACAGUACAGAAUGUUGGCUAAGAAUGGUGGUUAUGUUUGGGUGGUAACACAAGGAACUAUCAUCUAUAAUAGUAGAACUCAAAAACCACAGUGGGUUGUAUGUGUUCAUUAUGUUCUUAGGUAUGUUUUAAGUUCUGUUUUUUGUUGA